UACAUUCACUGUCCCGACGAUCACUCCUACUAAUGAGCCAGCUCUAUAAAUUUGGAAGCAGAUGAAAGUGGCUACGUGGUACCCAACAUUAGAGAGAGAGAGAUGGCAGAGCCUACAGCAGCAAAAGUAACAUCGAUCUUCAUAUACCCGAUCAAAUCAUGCCGUGGAAUUUCUGUUUCUCAAGCAGCUCUCACUUCCACUGGAUUUCGCUGGGAUCGACAAUGGUUGGUUGUGAAUUCCAAAGGCAGGGCAUACACUCAAAGGGUUGAACCAAAGCUUGCGCUAGUUGAAGUGACUCUGCCAAAUGAGGCAUUUUCGGAGAGUUGGGAACCUUCUAAAAGCUCAUAUCUGGUGAUAAAGGCCCCUGGGAUGGAUGUCCUGAAUGUUUCAUUGAGUAAACCAAGUGAGAUUUCUAAUGGCGUCUCAGUAUGGGAGUGGUCGGGUUCUGCAUUCGAUGAGGGAGCUGAAGCAUCAAAAUGGUUCUCUUAUUAUCUUGGGAAACCGAGUCGGCUAGUGCGUUUCAAUGAAGUGUCAGAAACCAGGGCAGUGGACCCUAAUUAUGCUCGUGGAUACAAAGUCAUGUUUUCUGACGGGUAUCCGUUCCUCCUGCUAUCCCAGGGAUCAUUGGAUGCACUGAACAAGCUUCUCAAGGAUCCUUUACCAGUUAACCGUUUUAGGCCAAACAUCCUUGUUGAUGGUUGUGAACCAUUUUCUGAGGACUUGUGGAAGGAGAUGAGGAUAAACAAGUUAACAUUCCAUGGUGUCAAGCUAUGUUCCCGCUGUAAGGUACCCACAAUCAAUCAAGAUACUGCAAUAGCAGGCUCGGAGCCUACUCAAACUCUUAUGAAGUUCAGGUCAGAUAAGAUCUUGCGUCCAACCCGAAAACAGCAGGGGAAGGUAAACUCAAAUCUGUAAACGUUACUUUGCCUGAACACAAAAAAAAAAAAACAAUGAAUGUUCUUUAUACUCCGCCAUGAGUGUGAAUGAUUUACAGAACUCUAAUGAUUUUCCAGGUCUACUUUGGACAGAACUUGGUCUGCCCAGACUCCCUAAAUCAAAUGAAGGGGAAGACAAUCAAAGUAGGAGAUCCUAUUUAUGUCAUCAAGAUGGCCUCUUCCUGUACCGAUGCAGCCGCAUGAACUCUUCACUGCUAUCGUCAGUAGUUCCCUGGUUGUAUUAUGAAUAAUAAAACGUAUGUUUUGCAAUGUUUUGCUAGAGGUGGGACACAGCAUGCCUGCCUUGAAUUAUGUACCUUAAUCGCAUAACAAUAAUUAUCCUACAAUA